AGCCAUUUCCGGGCAGCCCGAGAUUGCAAGAUUGUGGUUUGGCCCAACAAAAGCAUUUCAAGAUCCAGAUCUUACAGUCCAAGCUGAAACAAUGAGCUCUGAUUGCAGGAUAAGCAGGACCAAAAAAGCAGAGAAAGGAGCCUGGUCUUGAAGCAGGACGUGCCUAGUUUGUACAACGCCAAAUGCGAGAAAGGCAGACUCAGCCCAGAAGAGUUUACAGUCAGUGUCUCUGGCUGUAACGUAGCGGCUCAACGCUGGUUCACAAAUGGCCUCAGGUAUGGAUGGGAAGAAAUGCAGUGUGUGGAUGUUUUUACCUCUUGUGUUCACCCUGUUCACGUCAGCUGGAUUAUGGAUAGUGUACUUUAUAGCAGUGGAGGACAACAAAAUUCUCCCACUAAAUGUACCAGAUAGGAAGCCUGGUUCCAAAAGACCACCUUAUAUCAGUAUUGCAGGUGAUGCACCUCCUGCAAGCUGUGUGUUUAGCCAAGUCAUGAACAUGGCAGCAUUUCUAGCACUUGUCGUGGCUGUCCUGCGCUUCAUUCAGCUGAAGCCGAAGGUGCUGAACCCUUGGCUGAACGUCAGCGGCCUGGUGGCAUUAUGCUUGGCCUCUUUUGGGAUGACCCUCCUCGGCAACUUUCAGCUUUCCAAUGAUGAGGAGAUCCACAAUGUGGGCACAUCGCUGACCUUUGGUUUUGGGACCUUGGCGUGCUGGAUCCAGUCUGCCCUCACCCUCAAGAUCAACCUGAAGAACGAGGGACGGAAAGCUGGGAUUCCACGAGUUGCGCUGUCAGCCAGCAUCACCCUCUGUGUGGUGCUCUAUUUCAUCCUCAUGGCACAAGGCAUUCACAUGCAUGCUUCCAGGAUCCAGUGGGGCCUGGUGAUGUGCUUCCUGUGCUACUUCGGCACCUUUGCAGUGGAGUUCAGGCACUACAGAUUUGAGAUUGUUUGCUCUGAGUACCAGGAAAACUUUCUGAGCUUUUCUGAAAGCUUAUCGGAAGCCUCGGAGUACCAGACAGAUCAGGUGUAGCCUGUCCUCUGGCGGGGGGAGGGGGGGGCAGGUGUGGUUUCAUGGGUUAAACAUGACCUCAUUCACACUUUUUUGAUGAGUUUUUUUCAUGUGCAAUCAUGAUCAUGUUGCCAAAGGGCUCCGAGGGUGGCUGUCUCAUUAAGAGCCAAACAAAACUAUCUGUCUGCUGGGAGAGGAGUGGACCCUUCUCAGCGGCAGCAUUGGGAGCACAAGCUGUUUAGUUUGCGACUGAACAGUGACUCUUUCUGAGUGGCCCUGUCACACUCGCAUUGCUCAGAACAUUCAACAGCCAGUCCUCACGAUGCCCCUCUGAGACAGGCACUCCUCAGCCUGUUCUGCAGAGGAGGAGGUGAAGGAAAUGGACUUCUCCAGGCACCAGGAGUCUUCAGGAGUCACCAGUCUGCAUCUUUUGUGUGUUUCUUGUGUUGUUUUCUUUGCUGCCAACUGUUGUGACUUGGCAAGAUGAGAAAGGGCAGCUGUUUCUUCUGGACCUGGAAUCGGGCAGUGGAAGGCCCCGGCUGGCUGGCUUAUGUGGUGAGCAGGCAGGCAUUUCUUCUGUCUGGGAAAGCAGCCGACAGUAAAGCCAGGUUUGGGAGAAGCUGUGUUGUGAUCGGGAAGUGAGACUGGGCUGACGUAGCUGGGCAGCCCGUCCCAGGCCAGGGGAGAUGGCACAGUGGAGCACUGUCCUCGGCUUUGUGUUUCACACCACAGUGGGGACUGGUGGAAGCCAGGUGCUGAAUUAAGAUGGGAAUGCCCGUGUGCUCUGAAGGUGACCUAGAAAAGGCUUUUCAUUAUAAGUGUGUAGUGCUUCCACCACAUAUCAUGUGUAGUAUUUCAAAAGCUUUUUUUUUUUUAUUCCUUGAAGGGGAAAACAUUCUGUUGGAGACACUGGGCUUGCCUGCAGCAAGAACAGAACUGUUGCAGGUGGUUCUGGGCGUAGGGUUUGCUUUUGCUCCUUGUGCACUCAGAAGUCAAAGUUCAGAUACGCUGACACGAGGCUUGGGCUUAGGGCCCCUCACUGUGGCCUGUUGUCCCGAGUGGAGUCUGCCACACGUUUCAGUGGGCUUCCAAAGUGCAGGGAGGCAGUUCUGCACCAGAGGUUGGGUGAUGCAGCCUGAGGGCUGGAGGUGCAGGAAGGGAACAGCAAAACCAGAAGGGCUUCUCCCUCCCUGGAGGGAGAUUUUCAGACAGGUCUGUUUUCAAAGAAAAAGCAGGAGCUCAAACCCCCGUUUAGAAACCUGGUUUUGGGAAGGCUGCUGUUUUGGGUGGGCAGGGGAGUGAUGGAGGUUGCUUCUCAUGAACAUGACUCCUGUUUUCAUCCAUGCAUCAGGCUCGGCUUAGGUGUGCAUCUUGCCUGAGCUGCAGGCAAGUAAUCAGAAAUUAAAACAGCGGCAGAAGGCAUUUGAAGGGGAGCUCGUGCCGCACCAUGGCAUUUCUGAUAGAGAGGGAAAAGGCACGAGGGCAUUCAGUCUUCUGCAAAGGUCAGAGGCCUCUCCUGAAAGGAGAAACAGUUAAGAACUUCUGUCGACUAUUGUAAGUAGAAAGCUUUCAGCCAGCCCUUUAUCUCCUGUGGGCCAAAAGUUGUUCUCAUGCAGCUGUUACAAAUCCAGAGCAUCUCCAGCCGAUGAAGGGUUGUUGUUGGACUGCUGAAGGCCUUCUCCUUGUAGCUGUGUCAUUAGUGGGAGACUUUCCUGGAGGGACACGCUAAGGGUGGCCCAAGGGCACAGCAGCAUAAGGUGCAGGGCUCCCUAGCAGCACAUCUGGGGAGCUCGUCCUGGGUGAGGGCAGGAGGGGAUAGUCUGGAAAAGAUGCAAGUGGGGAACCUCUCACAUGGCCACACAGGCUCAACGCAUAUGGAGCACAAAAUAGCAAUUUGUUUUAAGGAUGGUUUACUGUAAAUAGUCCACUGUGACUGUUUUUUAAAAUUAAUUAAUACUUUCAGUUUAUCAUUUUAUAUUUUGUAAUUUUAUCAGAAAAAAAAAUGUUUGUGAUUUUUUUUUCUUGUCUUUCUUUCCUUUUCCUAUAUGCAAUCCAAACUAAACUUGAGGUUUUUGGUGAUAACUCUGUACAUUUCUUAGAGUAUUUCUAACAGCACAUUUCAGUACAACUAAAUGACAACUGAUAUACACUGAAACAUGACCACUAAAUAAAGUGCUUUUAUGGAGAAA